AUGUCUGCAGCCGCAGCUAUCAACCAGGCUGGGCCAUCGACUCCAGCAAGCAAGGACAAGAAGCCUAAGCGGACCAGGAAAAGGAACAAGAGACGAACCUUGGAAGUUGAAGACAGCAGCAGCAGCAGUGACGACAGCAGCGACGAUGAAGACGUGCUAAAGGUCAAAGCUGCCCCCGUCGAAACACCAAAGUCGUCCACAAAGAAGGCGAAAGUAGACUCAGACUCGGAAUCAGACUCAGAUUCAGGCUCUGAUGAAGACCAAAAAGAUGACGGCGAAGGAAAACGCAAGAGGAAGCGGAAACGCACUCAAAAGAAGAAACCUACGCAGCCGUCAUCCGAGUCGAUCGCUUCAACCCCAUCUACAGCCUCAAAGCCGUCUGCACCCAAGCCGAUAUCGUUGUCUCCCGAAGACGUCGGACCCGACCCAAACACAGAUCUGCGUCUGAGCGAUCAAGCCAAGCAAGCGAUCCAAUACGCCCAAAUCUACAUCAAGGACAAGUCACAAUGGAAGUUCAACAAGGCCAAACAGAACUGGCUCCUACGCAAUGCGCUCUCCGUCCCGCCAUCUGACUACGACGCAUCACUCGCGCGGAAGCAGGUAGAAACCUCAUCGGCUGCGGAGGAUUCCGAAGAUGCGGCGGAGGAAGGGGAGAACUUUGUGCCGGAGGACUUUGUACCCGUGGUGACCGCCUACCUGACCAGCGUGAUGGGUGGUGCUCGACUGCGCCUCAUCGAGUCCCUCAGAGAGGCCAUCAACGCACCCGUCGUCGAAAUUGCACCAACACAGCCCGAAGCCCAGGACGAUUCGGCACACACCACUACUGCAAAUGAACAAGCCGCCGGCAUCGCAGCCGGCGACGGUGGAGCCACCACAAAGUCGGUCUCAUUUGGCAACUUGGCUCUCGAGUCGGAGCAGAAGGAGCAAGCAGCCGAAGCGGCCGGCCUUCCAGCCGGCACAGAUCCACGCGAGGUAGAGAUGCGCAGGGAGAGAGCGACAAAGAUGCUCGGACUUAUGGGGGAAGUGCUGUGA